AUGGAUAACACAACAUCUCAGGAUCAAUCAAAUCUACCGACACCGGGAACGCUGAAGGAGUUGAUUGCGUCUAAUCCAGAGCUUUCCGUUUUUCAGACGGCCAUGGAGGUAGUUGGAACCCUCGACCUGCUAAACGAUGAAACGCAGUCCUUCACGGUCCUGGCUCCUGCUAAUAACGCAGUCAACACAAGUGAAACGUUUCUGAAGUACAUGGAAGGUAUCGACGAAACUCCAGUACGUUGGAAAGGCAAUCUUCAAGCUUCCGUAAACAAUCAUGUCAUCAGCGGGGUUGCAUUGAGCAACGGGGACAUUUUCAACUCGCAAUCAACAAGCUUGCAAACCUUAAAUGAUCAGAUCAAAAUCUCUCAGUUUCUCGGAAACAUCAAUGGAGUGUCGAUUCAGACGACAAACCUUGUGGCAACGAACGGUAUCCUUCAUAUAAUGACCGGCGUGAUUGAACCAGAAUUUUAUCAACAUUCAUUUGCUGAUCUUGAGCGCCAAUCGGAGUACGGGCCGGAUACAGAGAAUCCACCUCGUGUUUCGCUUCAAACGGUGACCGAUUUUGUAGAGGGACGCGAUGUAUGGGAGCAAGAGCACGAAAAUGGACUGACCCAAAUUGGAUGCCGCAUCCGUGCUUUCAAUCGUAUGGGCCUAGACUACUUACCGGAAACCAUCAAUAACGCAGAGGCAGGCAACGUUAUACUCGGUGAGUUCUUAAACGAAACACGGAAACAACAGACCAUUGACGAUCUCUUGAGGUACAGCCUUUUACCUAAAGCUGUUUACAACGACGACCUUCCGAACCAGUACGAGGAAUUAACAUUCCCUUUGAACGACUGUGGACAUAUGUGGAUAACGAAACGCGACGACCGCCUAUGCUUCAACGAUGGCUGUGUGGUGGCAACACCGGAUAAGAGGCAGUUCCAUGCAAGAAAUGGCUACGGAUACGUUGUUGAUAAGUGCGUCGUCUGUCCAGGGGUUGCCAUGCUGACAAACUACGCAGCUGAAUUCACUUCGUGGAACAUGCGUGAUAUAUCUCAGUUUUUAAUCGCUUCAGAAUGGAACUUGCGCAACUUAUCCAGUUCGGUGGGAGACGGUGGUCCAAUCACAUUGUUUUCGUCUUCUGAUAACGGCUUUAAUGUCUUGAAUUCAGAUGAUACUAUCCGAUUGACUACGGACGAGUGGAAACCUCACCAGAGGGAUCUUCUUCGUCACCAAAUGCUCCAGGGAAUUUAUCUUGAGCAGGAUUUGAAGGACCUGUACGAGGUUAACGCUGGAGAAUAUAAUUUGACUUCGUUGGCAGGUGAAAACAUUACAUUUGGAUACGACGCGGCACGAGACUUGAUCCAAUACCAAGGUGGAGACCUUUUUUUCACGGAUAUUAAAGGAGUCGAUGGAUACGUACACUUUGCAACAAAGGUCCCAUUACCUCUUUCGAUGACUCAUACUGUGUAUGAUGUUGCCAACGAAAUGGAGAACUACACCACCCAAAUUUCUUUCAUCAAUGCGGUAUUCUUACGCCAAGAUAUGAGGCGACUCCUACCACUAACUGCGCUCUACACUCCAAAUGAAGAAUGGGAAGGAAAGCUUAUUGAGGUGGACGAUAUUGCGGAAGUUGUUUUGGAAAACCACCUAUUUGAGGAUCUGAUGUGGUGCGACAAGCUUCGGGGACUCCAAAAUCAGGUCGUCGAGUCCUUGAACGGACAAACAUGGUUUGUGACUGUAAAUGAAGACAACUUCCCUUGUUUCGAUACCAUUACAACGUUUGGCGCAGCCACUACUCGAUCUUGCAUCACGAGGUGCGAUAUAUUGGCCCGCAACGGUAUUGUACACGAGAUUGAUAAAAUCAUGUUGAAAGAAAGGCCCGAGACGAUCGGACCUGCACCUCCGAUCGCGCCCACCCCUCGGGUUCCUUCCGCUCCAACGUGGAAUAAUCCUUCGAGCUCUGGAGGUGAUGGCUCGAACCCUGCACCGGUGCAGUACGCCGGUGGUUUCGGAAGUGGAUCACCAGGGUCGUCACCGACAGAUGGAGCCGAGUCAUCGUCUGCUACGGUGAAGCCAGGAGUCGCUCUGGCCUUCCUCGUAGCCUUGAUGGCUGCCAGGCUUCGAUAA